AAAGUUACAAUUAUAUACUGAAGAAAAAACUGAAAAGGAUUAGAAAUGGAAAGCACCAGUUCUUUUAGCUGGCUGACCGCUUCUCUUUUAGCUGCAAUUGUUACUGUUAUGCUGAAAUGGAUGCAUGCAAGUUUUUUUUCAACUAAACAGAAGCCACCAGGUCCGUUAGCAUGGCCCCUGAUUGGAAAUAUUUUCGAUCUUGGAAGCAUGCCACACCAGAGCCUAUACAAACUUCGGUGGAGAUAUGGACCUGUGAUUUGGUUGAAGCUCGGUUUAGUGAAUACCAUGGUCAUACAAUCAGCCAAAGCUGCAGCCGAGCUGUUCAAGAACCAUGACGCCGUCUUCUCUGAUCGUAAGGUCUUUGAUGCACUAACAGCCUGGAACUACAACCAAGGGUCAUUAGCCAUGGGCAAUUACGGUCCAUAUUGGCGCACAGUCCGAAAACUCUGCUCCAUGGAGCUCCUAGUCAAUAGACGAGUCAAUGAUUCAACUGAGAUCCGGGAGAAGUGUGUUGAUAAGCUAGUUUGCUGGAUAGAACAGAUCAUUGCAUCCUCGCAAGUUGAGGGAAAAUCAGGCGAGGUGGAACUGUCCGAACUCUUAUUUCUCAUGGCAUUUAACGUGGUGGGCAACCUCAUGCUUUCAAAAGAUCUUCUGGAUUUAUCUUCCACUGAAGGACGAGAAUUCUUCGAUGCAAUGAACCAAGUCACGAAAUGGGCGGGGACACCUAACUUGGCAGACUUCCUGCCAUUCUUGAAGCCGUUUGAUCCAUUCAGAGUUCGAAAAAAUAUGGCUAAAGGCAUGGGCGUAGCCAUCAAUAUCAUAAGCAGCUUUCUGAAAGAAAGGGGUCAUGAAACUAUGUCGACGGAGAAGGUGAAGAAGGACUUCUUGGAUGUCCUUUUGGAGUAUCAAGGGGACGGAAAAGAAGGACCGGACAAAAUUUCUGAUAAGAAUAUAAUUAUCAUAAUACUGGAAAUGUUUUUCGCUGGGUCAGAAACUACAAGCAGUAGCAUAGAAUGGGCAAUGGCAGAGCUAUUACGCAACCCUGAAUCGAUGAGGAAGGUCAAAGAAGAACUUGACAGUGUUAUCAUGCCUAACAAAAGGGUGAUGGAGAGUGACAUCGAUAAACUACCCUAUCUGCAAGCCGUGGUAAAGGAAAGCCUGAGACUCCACCCGACAGUCCCUUUACUGCUCCCACGAAAUUCAAUGGAAGACACCAAUUUCAUGGGGUAUCACAUACCCAAAAACACCCAAGUUUUUGUCAAUGUGUGGGCAAUCGGAAGGGACCCUGAUACAUGGGACGACCCCUCGUCUUUCAAGCCCGAAAGGUUUAUAGGCUCGAAUAUCCAUUACAAAGGGCAGCACUAUGAGUUGCUUCCGUUUGGCUCUGGGAGACGGAUUUGUGUUGGAAUGGCCCUGGCUCACCGAGUUCUUCACCUAACUUUGGCCACCUUGCUUUGGACUUUCGACUGGGAGCUUGGCAACUCCCUUACUCCACAGACUAUCAACAUGGCCGAGAGGACUGGUAUAACACUAAGAAUGUCGGAACCUCUUAAAGCAAUUCCGAGAAAAAUCAAUCGGACGUGAUGGCCAUUAUGUGUGAAGGUGAUACGGACAUUUGCACAUUACACGGCUGCUUUGUUGUCAAGUAUAAUUUCAAUUCUUAAGUUCCUUUGUCUAGAAAAAAUGUCUACGUACUUGAUAAAGUUUCUUCUUCUUUAUUUUCGCAAAUAGAUGUGUCUAAUUAUCGCAAAGAAAUUCUUCUUUGUUAUUAUGUGUAUAUUAGCUAUCAACCAAUAAUUAAAUGUAGUGUACUACAAGAUUGUUGUAUAUUGAACAGUGUCACCAUACUCCAGCCUUCGAAUAUAGUAGUUGCUUAAACUA